AUGGUUCCUCAUCGGCGUGAGCCUCAAGUGGAGGCCCCUGGUGACUCCCAAGCAGGUCUUGAAAAUCACUUGCGCAAUCUGAUCAUCUCCAAUGGCCCACCAUUACACGAUUCUGUGCCCAGGGCUUCUCUACAACCUGCUCCUAUAUCUCAGAGCGGCUCAGCCAACAGGAAUAACUCUGUUGAAACGUCCGACGGUACCCCCCAUCAGUCCAGACCUGCACGGAAGCGGCUAAACCAGGCACAAAGACGCCAAAUGAGCUCUCAACUAUCCAUAUCUAUCGAUCCUCGGGCCCAGCAACCUCCCCCAGAUAGCGCUUACCAAAGUCCUACAUCUCAAUACUCCCGUCCCUCUCAGUCUUAUCAACGUUAUAUGCAUACUGACUCUCAGCCAUGGGGAGCUCCCAACGAAAAUCGUCAAAGUGGCUCAUUUUCCCAUCGCCACUGGAAUGGCCCUCAGCAAUCUAGGUAUCGAGGCUAUGAUAAUCCUCCUCCUUCCUCCCGUGGCCGCCCUAACUCUAUGCCAAUCCAAUCCAAUCGUGGUUCUGGUUACUUGUACAACGCCAGACACGCAGUUCAGUUUCAUCCUGAGGAAAUUGCAGCUCAGGAUGCUCUGCUUGACCAACUCUGUUUUCAAGUCGUUUCCAAUUCUGAAAUCGAAAGAUCGGAAAUAGCAGAAAAGGAGGAAUUCCGUUGCAGAAUUGAAACCAUUAGUCGAGAGGUCAUUGCCAACUACGAGAAAGAGGAAAUGCCAGAAACAGACUUUCAACCCCUCACAGUUCAGCUGAAAUGCUUUGGUAGUUUGUCUUCAGGCUUCGCAACCAAGGCUUCAGACAUGGAUCUUGGUCUUCUUUCACCAAUGUCUGCCUCUCAGCCUGAUGCUCCCGGAUCUCCUAUACCGCGCCUCCUAGAGAAGGCUUUCUUGGAAGCUGGUCUAGGGGCGAGGCUUCUGACCCGAACUAGAGUCCCCAUCAUCAAGCUAUGCCAAUCCCCGCCGGAAAAGCUUCGGCAAGGACUUCUUGAGGAGAGAUUUCGAUGGGAGAAUGGCCUUGAUGAAGCCCAUGAAGCUCAGGAAGAUGAUGAAACCGAUCCACAAGCAGCAAACAGUGAGCAUGACAGUCAGCAAGGCCACCUUGCAGGGUUUCAAAACAGUCCCACAACUGUCGUUGAGCCCGUAUCACUGGAUCCCGUCCAAGACGGCACGAAAGCAAUUGAACUUAAGCAAAAUCUCAAAAGCUCUCUCUCCUCGUACUAUGGCUUAGCCAAGCGAGUUCUUCGUAGAGCCGGUGGCCGUGAUGCUACCAUCUCUAAUUAUCGCGUACUCUCCGAUGAUGAUUGGAUUAUAUUGAACAGAGUGAGCGAGGCCUUCAUCAGCGGUCUUGCAGAUACUCGUCUUCGUGAUCGCCUGUCCACGUACCCGUCCCUCUCCUUUAUACAAGAUGCAGAGAGCUCCACCAAACGAUCUUUGCUUGGGGUAUACACCCAGGUCGAAGGCGAACAUAUUCGGCAGCGCUGGGAGGAGAGUGGUGUCGAAGAGCGUAACCCCGCUUCUCAAUUGUUGACUAGGCAGGCCAUGAAGGUGUGGGAAGAUGCUCAAUACAGAGAAAACUUUGGGACCGAUCCCAUCUUUUUCACUAAGGAACUUCAACUGGCCCUUGACAAGCUUAAACGGGCCCCUUCCGUGCAAUUCGUGGUUUUGGAACAGGGUCAACAUGAGGCGCCUGCGUCAUACUAUACGAGGGCCCUCUACAUUUUUAACGGACUAAAGCCAGCUAAUGAACAAGCUAUCGCAAAGUGGACGAGUAUGCUUGUUACUCAAUAUGUCAGCGGUGUCCAUCAGGAGGAGAAUCGAAAAACGUUACAGACUUGCAUAACCACAUGUUCUGAGUCCCUAUCGCUUAGAGGAGUCGGGCUCUUGCACAAAUGCAUCCAUUUAGCGUGGGAAUUUGAACGAGCAUUAGAUAAGGGUUCGUACAAUGAGUCCGUCGUACAGGAUGUUAAAGACUAUAUCGCGCUACUGCGGUCACCUUUACAACAAGAUGAUCCCCUGAGGCUUGGCGACGGGUUCUUCAUCCCCAUCACACCAACAACGGUAGACCUUGUGGCAAGGAUCCGACAACUUCCAGACCCUCACAAGAUGGCUCCGAACCAGCCACGCGAUCGAUACAGAGAUAAUUUAGAAUUUCCCAAGGCAGGCGCAGGUGUGCAAUGUGACAUCAACUUCUCCGCCCAUUUGGCUCUUCAUAAUACGGCUCUUCUACGAUGUUACUCUCACACCGAUCCGCGCGUCCGGCCCAUGGUCUUGUUCGUCAAGCAUUGGGCAAAGACUCGUGGGAUCAACUCUGGAUAUCGUGGAACCCUUAGCAGCUAUGGCUACGUUUUGAUGGUCCUUCAUUAUCUAGUCAACGUCGCUGAGCCCUUUGUUAGUCCAAAUCUCCAGCAGCUCGCUCCUCCUCUACCCCCAGGGCUCUCGCCUGUCGAAUACGAGGAUAUGGUUAUGUGCCGUGGCCACAACGUUCAGUUUUGGCGUAACGAAGAGGAAAUCCUGGAGCUGGCACGUGCAAACCAGCUAAAUGGUAACAAAGAUACCAUUGGUCACCUCCUGCGUGGCUUCUUCGAGUAUUAUGCCCAUAGUAGUAUGCUCAGCACUUCCACGGGCAGGGGAUUUGACUGGGGAAGAGAUGUGCUCAGUUUGCGGACGCCAGGUGGUUUGCAGACAAAGCAAGACAAGGGUUGGACUGGCGCCAAAACAGUCAUCGAGGCUCAAAAUGUUGGGCCUCAUCCGCCGCCUCAGCCCGACCAAGCGUCUUCCACGGCAGUACAUCCUAAUGAAAUUACUGUGAAGGAUACGGGAGCACAGCCCAAGCAGGGCACGCAAGGCAGCGUCACAGGUAAGAAUGGAGAAUUCAAGGAAGUCCGUCACCGCUAUCUCUUUGCUAUCGAGGACCCCUUCGAGCUGGAUCACAACGUUGCUCGAACUGUAACACACAACGGUAUUGUGUCAAUUCGCGACGAGUUCCGUCGGGCUUGGAAGAUUAUCAAGUCGGCUGGCAAUGGCAGCCCUCAGGAAAGCUUACUCCGGGAUGUGACCGAUGUAGAGGAAGAAGGCAGUCCUUUAUCUCGCCUCCUGGAUGAGAUUCAUGGAGCGGGUCGAUCCCGAAACACUUGA